UAUUUUUCUGUCUGAGCCACAAAGUACGAAGCCCUAGCAACUCUUAAUCCACGCUUCAGUGCUUCCUCGGAGUUAUGACUGUGUAAAACUUCAGACUUCUAAACGGACUUGCAUCUAGGUUUUUAUUGUCUGUCGGACAGACAGAACGGAUAUAGUAGAUAAUCAGAUGAUUUUAGGCGUAACGCAGGGAGCGGACGAUGUUCGGGCCGAUACUGACGAAUGCUUCGGUGUUUUGAACGCAAGACAACACAAAUGCGAACUAUCUCUCAGAGAGAAUAAAGUUUUCGUGAGUAAGAUAGGACAACUGGAUAACCGUUUUGAAAUGUUAAGGUGUGCCGAAAUGAUGCCUGGAAAUAUCAGAAACAUACAUUUAAAUUAUUCACAGAGAGACAUCUUGCAAUAAUUCGUGUGUUUAACGUGUGUUUUGUUAAGAUGCGUUAUUCAACCUUUGUAAAUCAGUUUAGUGCCACGUUUUGAGUUGCGUCUGCGCUAAGCUGACCAAGCGAAACUGAUAUUUUUGUUCACACCCCAGAACCCCUGAGUGACAAGGCUGGAAGUUAACACACGUAUUUUUGUCCACAGUUAGUCACCGGGUUUUUACGCUUAGCCCGCAUCAUUCUCACUUCCCAUUCUAGAAUCGGCAGUACGACGAAGUUUAACUGAACGGUCUUGCUGAAUGAGCGCAGUACUGGCGCUUAUUAAAUUUGACAGGAGAGUGGAAAACCCGUGUUGCAGAAUGUUGGACUAACAACGGAGGGAUGGCAUCGGCUGUAUUUGAGGGCACGUCUCUGGUCAACAUGUUCGUGAAGGAUUGUUGGGUGAAUGGGAUACGAAGGUUGAUCAUAAGCCAGCGGGGAGAAGAAGAGGAAUUCUUUGAAAUAAGGACCGAAUGGUCGGAUAGAAAUAUUUUAUAUUUGCAUCGAAGUUAUUCAGACCUGGGGAGACUGUUUAAAAGAUUAGUCGAAUGUUUUCCAGAGGACAGACGAGAUUUGUCCAAGUCGCCUAUAAUAGAAGGACUGGUUAAGAUCAAGGAAGCAAGGGAUAUUGAAGCCAAACUGAAUGAGGUGGAGAGGCUGUUGAAAAAUGUCAUCAACUUACCCUGGAAGUAUUCCAGGUCAGAGGUUGUGCUAACGUUUUUUGAACGAUCGCCACUCGACCAGGUUCUUAGGAAUGACAAUGUCCACAAGAUUCAACCGUGCUUCCAAAGUCAAGUCAAGAUAUCAGAGAUCAUGAGGUCUAAUGGCUUCUGUCUGGCAAACACAGAGACCAUCGUCUUCGAUGAGAGUCUUCCUCAGGACAAAGAGCGGCCGUCAUCUACGGACUCUGCUGAGCACUCGUGCGAUGAGGAUGGGCGGGACUUCCUCUCCGCGGAGCCGGACAUCAGCGACGACGACACGGAGGCUUACGUCACCAACCUGUCUUACUAUCACCUGGUGCCCUUUGAGACUGAUAUCCUGGAGUGAAGCCUGGGCUUGGAUGCACCCUCAGCUGUGCGGACGCAGUCUGCAUCGCAGCUGACCUCAGCUUCGCAGACAGCCCCGUCUAAGAGGUUUAGCGGCUGCUUCGGUGCAUCAGCGCGUCGCUGCUUCUUCAUUAUUGUGUUAGCUCCGGAGGAUCGAAUCAGAUUUGGGAGGAUUCCCGGAUAUCAGAAGCUUCAUUGUGGAGGUGAUUGUUUUUUUGGCACCGUUCAGACUGUGUCAUCGCCCUCUCCUUCUCUCUCUCUCUCUGGAAAGUGGGUUGACUUCUUCUUCCAACUGCAUUCUGCAUUCACCGACGUGCCUCAGUGCUCCACAGUCAGGACUUUUUUUUUUUUUUUUUUUUUUAACUGAGGAAAUCUGUUGGCAGUCAAGCGCUUUCUGGAGAAUUUGAAUUGUGGCUCUGUUUUGCUCACUGUGAAAAUGGUGACAGCCCUUAAGUUGUGAUUCCUGAAAACCUUUCAGGUUUCAAGUAACUUUCAGCAGUGGAAACUUUCUAGAAUACAGAGGCUGUGGUUCUGCUGUUCCUUUUUUGACUAAACUGAUUACAAGUCAGAACUGUUUGCUCUUGACGCAGAUCUCCACUGCUGACCGCGUGCAUUUUCUACUCACACUCAUGUUCACGGUAGUGUGUCUUUGGUUAACUCAGUAGCAACUCAGUGGUUGACAAAAUGAGCAACCGCACGGUCAGUUUUGGUUUGUUAAUAAUUUGUACAAAUCCAAAUGCUUGCCUUAAACUUCACUGUGAAAUAACUGACAUCAAGUGCGAAAUAUGAUUUCACUCAGUGCUCGACAUUUUAUGGAUAGUGGAGCUCAGUUUUAGAAGAGGUAUGCGCCUGUUUGCAGAGUCCAGGAUUGCUAAACAAAACUAUUACCCAUGCACUGAAAAUGAAAAAAAACAAACAAAACAAAAACCCCAAAACAUAUUGCUUUAAGAAUGACCAGUCAGAGACAUAGCUGAAUUUGACUGACCAAUCAAUGCUAAGAGGUUGGGUCAUUUUAUUGUCUGUUAAGUUGGAUUUUACUGCAUUUUCAGUAAUCUCAGUAGCUAUUAUUUCUCCUCCAUUUUGGCAUCAUUUCUAGUAUAAAACACAAGUACAGAGACUGUGCUGCCAGCCUUUCUUAGCUGAUCAGCAAAGCGAAUUGAGACCAGCCACGAAGUACAGCCUUGCACCCUACCCACUACAGUAAGAACAACACAUUUCUUUAUCUAUGGAAAACAAGUGUCCACUUUGUGCAGGAGAGCACUGUAGCCAUUGUCAUAUGUCUGUGAACAAUGAAUAACAAUGCUAAAGAUUUUUCUGUUAAAUGAUGAAUGUAUUAUUCAAGUCUCAUGUACCCUAGUCUUUCACUCUUAAAGCUUUCAGCACAGAAUGAAGAAGUCAUGUUCUGUUGACAAAAAAAAAAAAAGUUCAUGGAAAACAAUUUUGAACCAGUCUAGUCUUUAGAAUGGAUUGUUCCGAAGCAUCCAAUCAGGCUGAGAAUAAAUAAAUAAAUAAAUGAGUAAAUAGAUAAAUAAACAAAUACAUUACGGUUACUACCUGCAGUUUUCUUGAUACUGCAGUGUUCCGCUUCACAGAUUACCUGUUACUUCAGGCCUGAUUCUGGGCUCUAGUGUUUAUAGAUAUUUUGGUGCUGAUUGCCUUUUGGUCCUCUGAUUGACCAAAUAAGGACAGCACUUCUCUGUGCUGCUCUUUUUCCCUUCUGUUGAAUGCCUGGGCACCAAACAUUCAGUACAAAGCCCCCCCCCCCCCCCCCCCCCCCGUCACCCUGUUCAGCCCCCCUACACCACUCUGCUUAGUAAUGCAGUCAUGCUCUGUCAGCAGCCCGUGAGAAAGCAGUGCUCUCUCUCUCUCUCUCUCUCUCAGCAAGCGCUGUGAACUGCUGUAAACUGCUCUUGUGUUUCUCUCUAAUUUCCUUGUUUUCUUGCAACUGAUUUUAAUGAGAAAACAAAAGAACGAUGUCUGUUUGAUGGUUUUAGGGUUCAUAAAAUGCAUAAGAAGAUUUUUUUUUAUUUUGUUCUUUCUGGUGUAAUGGUAACCAGCCAUCAACAAUUUGGCAAAGUGGACUGAACUUGGCAGAGUCCAGCUGAUGCUGGAUUGAUGAUGCUGAAUGAGUCUUUUGAUUGUUUUUUUUUUUUUUUUUUUUUUUUGUUUUUAAAGCUUUACUCAUUAAAGAUCACUGCCUGUUUGAGUAUGGUCUAGCCACAUCUAGAAAAUACUCACACUCUGUGACCUAUUGUAAUCUGCAAAGUUAUCAUAUUCCAUUCAUCAUCUAUACAGCAUAAAUCUUGAGAUAUUGACGUGAUUCAUGGAAGGGACUAUUUGAAAAAGGUGUAUUUUGUAGUGAUAAUUUAAUUUAAUGUAAUGUAAAAGAAUAUUUAUUUUUCUAAUCACAGAAAUGAGCAUGUUUACCACAUUGUCCCUCUCAUAAUGCAGAGGCUGUCUAAGUCCCAUUGUCUCAUAUUUGUGUGUUGGGGUAGGGGACAGUGUGAUGACUGCAAAAUCCGCGGCAGCGUUCAGAACCGAACGUCUGUCAAAAUAAAAGCGAAUGAACUUCAAAAAAAAAAAAAAAAGUAAACAAUAAUGAAAUGAAUGUCCAAAAAUUACCACUUAUUGUAUUAAUACUUAUUUAAAAUGCUCUGUGCUUUCAUUGACCUGUA